AUGGGUUCGAUGAGAAGUUGCAAUUUUCGGAGUAUUUUGUUUCGAAUUCUAUUUGGGCUGUGGUUCGUUUUUGUAGUCAUACAGCCCGUGAAAGGAUUAAGGCCUUUAAGGCAGAGGCCGCGGUCUUGGGGUGAUGAGUGGCUCCCUCUAGGGAAAGAAGAGAAUGAAUUGGGUCCAUUUUCAUCUUGGAAUAUUACAGGGACAUAUCGAGGAAAUUGGAAGUUCCUAGAAUCCAAAAAUGCCUCAUCUAAGUUUCCAGAUUUUAAGAAUUCAAAUGGGAACUCUGUACUAGAGUUGAUUAGUACUCCAACAAAAAUAACUGGUGUACACUAUGUUCAGGGGCUUAUGGUUUUUCAUGAUGUGUUUGAAAAUGAUAAAGAUGUUCGUGGUGCUCAAAUCAGGGUAGAAGGUGUGUACAUAUGGCCUUUUAGACAGUUAAGGCUGGUAGCCAACAGUGGAAAAGAGGGCGAGCUCGGACAGGAAGAUGAUUACCUAUUAACUACCCCUUAUCACUUGAUUGGAGUUUUCUCGUCCCAGGUUUUUCAGGAGUCUCCCCGAGAUAAAAUCUGGAAGAAGAAAAACUCUCCCAUAUACGAAAUGGAGAAACAUUGCAAUAUUGAAAUUGCAGCUCAAGUUUCCCGCCUCUCCUCAGGAAAAGAUGGUACUUUGUUUUACAAUGGAGAUCAAGAUAAGUAUUAUCUUGAUGGACUAAUGGAGAGCCCUUCAGUGGACGAUGACGUGGACUGCUUUUCACCUAUGCAUUUAAAUGCCACUUCAGUCAACACUGAUAUCUACUACAAUAAAGCAAUUAACUACACUUUGAUGGUUACCUUUAUAUCUUUCCUUGAAGUUCUAAUGUUAAUCCGACAAAUGGAACACAGCAACACCCAAUCUGGGACUGCCAAAGUUUCACUUCUGAUGGUUGGCCAUCAAGCUAUAAUGGAUGCUUAUAUUUGUCUUCUGCAUCUUACAGCUGGAAUUCUAGUCGAAUCCCUGUUUAAUGCUUUUGCAACUGCCGCAUUUUUCAAGUUUGUGGUCUUUUCAAUAUUUGAAAUGCGCUACCUUCUCGCAAUAUGGAAGGCAAACAGACCCGCAAAUGGAGAGAAUUGGGAUGUCAUGAGGCGCGAGCUUUCAGCCCUUUACAGCCGUUUCUAUGCGAUCCUUUUAGGUGGCAUUCUCAUAAUGUACGAGUUUCAUAAGUUCUUACGGGUUAUUCUCCUCCUCCUCCACUCUUUCUGGAUCCCUCAAAUAUGCAUUAAUGUGAUUCGUGACUCGAGAAAACCAUUGCAUCCUUAUUAUAUCCUUGGGAUAACAGCCACACGCAUUGCUAUCCCGCUGUAUGUAUUUGGUUGCCCUCAUAAUUUCAUGCGGAUAGAGCCUAACAGCAGUUGGUGUAUUUGUUUGGCCUUUUUUAUGGGACUCCAAGCCUCUAUUCUUCUUCUCCAGCAUUAUUUUGGAGCUCGGUGCUUCAUUCCUCGCCAGGUUUUGCCAGAAAAAUACAGCUAUUACCGGAAAUACCCUCAGGGAUCGAAUCAGGCCAUAGACUGUGUUAUUUGCAUGAACACCAUCGAGUUCGGCCUACAUUCAAGUGAUUGCAUGGUGACGCCAUGCGACCAUUUCUUUCACUCGUGCUGUCUGCAAAGGUGGAUGGACAUAAAAAUGGAAUGCCCUACAUGCCGCCGUGCACUUCCACCUUCCUAG